CAAUCGCCACUGAAACCUCUGUGACACACGCGGCACCCAUCUCUUGAACGGCGACCUCAGACAAAAAUCUUUGCGCGGGGCCAAAAGCUGAGGAUCUCAUUUUCCUGGCCUUUUUUUUUCGGAGCUCGAAAAGGCCCACGCAAAAGGUGCUUUCUGGAGCAAAGGGGGAAGCUCCACAUGUCGUUGCGGUCUCUCAUUCUGCCACGAGGGAGGGGAAAUUUCAGACACCGAAAAGAGAGGGAGUCAGACUUUGAGCCAGGGACGGUGGCGUUGGACAACAUAAGUGUCUUCACAAGAACACGACGAGGUGAGUGGCAGCUCAGGCCACGUCCCGCCGUGGCAAAGGGCGCUGUUUUUGAAACCCUCGAAUUUCACUCUCCCAAAGCGUGGUGUGGUCACAGUGCCGCCAGGACAACCUCCGACAGUCGAGAUCAACUCUGCACAUCAAGGUUCAUGUUCCACUGGAUCCAGUGGGCUCCGGGGAAUCAGUGGAAAUCAGCCGGUUCCCUUCCGUGAGGACCAAUUGGAGGCUUGACUCUGCAAACCACGGCGAGUGCAGCCGAGGCCAAGGUCGAGGUGGAGUUUCCUCUCUGCCAGGCUUCAAAACAACCACAAGUUACUGGUUCCUGAAACAUCACGAUGGGCUCCACCCCUGCGCCUGUGGCUCUCACCUCGCCCGCCAACAACGGCUCCGUCUGUAACACCCUGUACGACCACCGGGACUACGCCAGGGUCCUCAUGCCUAUUUUCUAUUGCAUCGUAUUCGUCGUGGGCCUGCUCGGCAACUGCCUCGCCCUCCACGUCAUCCGUCCCAAUAUGAAGAAAAUGAACUCCACCACCUUGUACUCCCUCAACCUGGUCAUCUCCGACAUCCUCUUCACCCUGUCUCUGCCUGUGAGGAUUGUCUACUACGCGCUGGGAUUCCACUGGCCUCUGGGCGAGGCGCUGUGUAAGAUCUCGGGCCUCAUCUUCUACAUCAACACCUACGCGGGGGUCAACUUCAUGACCUGCCUCAGCGUGGACCGCUUCAUCGCCGUGGUCCUGCCGCUGCGCUUCGCCCGACUCAGGAAGGUCAGCAACGUGCGCUACAUUUGCGCCGGCGUUUGGCUGCUGGUCCUGGCACAGACGCUCCCCCUCCUCGGCAUGCCCAUGACGAACUCGGAGGAUGGCGGCUACGUCACCUGCAUGGAAUACCCCAACUUUGAGACGGUCGACCACAUCGCCACCACGCUGAUCGGCGCCGUCUUCCUGGGCUACGUCAUCCCUGUGAUCACCAUCCUGGUGUGUUACUGUGUCCUGUGCUCCAAGCUCCACUCAACAGCCAAGACCAACCACUUGACAGAGAAGUCCGGGCGCAGCCGCAAGGUCAUCGGCGUGAUCUGCUGCGUGUCGCUGGUGUUCGUCGUCUGCUUCAGCCCCUACCACAUCGACAUCCUGCAGUACAUGAUCCGCAAGCUGGUGUCGAGCCCCGACUGCGCCGACCUCACGGCCUUUCAAGUGUCGCUGCACGUCACCGUGUGUCUGAUGAACCUCAACUCCUGCUUGGAUCCGUUCAUCUACUUCUUUGCCUGCAAGGGCUACAAGAGGAAACUCAAGAAGCUGCUGAGGCUGCAGGUGAGCAUGUCCUUCUCCAGCGUGGUGAGGACGUCGCCCGAGGGCUCCUCCAAGGACAUCAUCGAUGGCAACAAGAUCCAACUCAACACCUCUGCGACAGGUGGAACCAGUGAGCGGAGACUGCACAGGCCUGAGGAAACUGAAGCGCUGAGCCACCGAGGAUCGCAGAGGAUAUGAGAAAUGCUCGAGUCUCAGCGGGACUAUUUCAGCCAGGACAGUGACUCAGACAAACUGAUCGGAAUGGAGUCGUGUCAUCAUGGACUCGGCCUCUGGAUCCAUAGGAAUUCAUCUGCACCGGACCAGAUUCGUUCACACAAGGGAAGGACAUCAACAUCAAGAGUUUAAUAAGGAACAGAAAGCUGUUUACACAUUUCUCAAGCGGAAGGCUUAUUAUGUAUCCAAGGUGAGAAAGGAGGCGUUACCAAGCAGAGCACGUUGAAGGUGGACAAUCGACUGAGACAGGGACAUUGAUGAACAUCUACAGGUAUAUUCCUUCGAGCAAUUCAGUCACCAAAAAGAAAAACGAAAAAUUGUCAGACCUCAGAACCCAUCCUCACAGCGUAGCUCAAAGGAACUGAGUUGUUUCGGUGGAGGUAGACAUGAGUUUCACUCCAAAAUGACAUCAGACUCACAAUCUAGACAAACCAUUCGUUUCAGCACAAAGUCGUAAAAUCUCAGGAAAAGCGACAAUCUGCCGGUUCACAUCAUGUCAUCACCUGUCAAAUCUCAUCAUUAUCUCGGUCGCUUGAGAUUUUUUUCUUUUUCUCAGGAUACAACUGGACAUGACUAAUAAGCGAGUCUGGUUGGUUGUGGUUGCAACAGUUUGACGUCAGUUUUACUUUUAGAUCAGUUAACGUUUCAACAUGAACGCAUAUUUUAAAUCCGGUGUCAUUCCAUUUGUCGAGAAUGCUGGAUCUGUUUACAUACCCAAUAGUUUUUCGUUUGUACAAACCAGCCAACAUUUUCAUGUGUUUCCUGGGUUUUUAAUGCCCUGUGAUUCACACUUAUGACGGCAACGUGCAAGAUCCUGCUUCAACAUGUGAGUACGGUCGGUGGUAAUCUCCAGAAGACGGAAAUAAUGAUACGACAAACCAAAAAUAUCAUGAAGCUAAGUGUUCAGUGCAAAACUGCAGUGAAACGGAUGUAAUCUAAAAUAAUCCUGUGUGAUGGUGUAGUUUCGACGGUGACGGGGCAUGGGAUCUGUGUGGAAAAGUGUUUGGGAUCCUUAUACUGAAAUUCAUCAAAAACAUAUCCAGUAUUUUUUUUAACCGUGUUUUUGAUAGAUACCUCUGGAUCGUACUCUGCUCUUCAGUCUCCGCCUCCUCACCUCCGACCUUUACAAAACCAUUCGAGCUCUGAGAGAUGUUGAGGAGUUAGAGACACUGUAAGUGAAACUGUUAAUAUGCUCUGUAUACAUUUGAAUAAUGUCAUGAAAUUUGAUGUUUUUAUUGUCCAUAUUUGCUCUGAAGUUCGACAUGUUCUAAUAAAUAAAAAAAUCUAAAAUGUG